AUGGAGAGGAAUUCUUCAGUGGCUAAUUCUUAUACUGCUCUUGAAACUGGUGGUUUGUUAACUUUUCCAGAUAAGCAGUUGUGGAACUCAAAUGUGCCUUUAAAGGUUUCUUAUCUUGUCUGGACUCUCUACUUUAGUGGCGCGCCAACAUUUGAUUACUUAUACAAUGCUGUAUUGGUGCAAGAUCCUACUUGUGUGUUCUGUGAAGCCUGCCAAGAAACAAAUGAACAUUUGUUCUUACACUGUAAGUUUGUCUUUGAUAUAUGUGCUUAUUUUCUUAAAAGCUUCACCAUCAAUUGGGUUUUAGCAAGAAAUGUGAAGUCAAACCUAUGGGAAUGGGGUGAUAGAUGCCAGAGAAGAUCUAGAAGCAGAAAAAAGAAAAUAUGGAGUAUCUUGCCAUUUGUUGUUUGGUGGUGUGUCUGGAAUGAACGAAAUGCGAGAGUUCAUAAUAAUGUGAAGAAAGAUUUGGAUCAGCUGAUUAAGGAGAUUAAUGUUUGA